GCCCCCGGGGCCCGCCCGCCCCGUCGCCGGGCAUGGCGGUCCCGGGCCGCAAGCGCAAGGCCAACUUCUCCAACGACGAGACGGAGACGCUGGUGUGGAACGUGGUGCGGCACUUCGGGGCCCUGUACGGGGCCGACGCCCUGCGCACCCACGCCGCCCGCCGCAACCAGCUCUGGGCCCAGAUCCAGAGCCGCGUCAACUUCCUGGGCUACACCGAGCGCUCCGUCGAGGACCUCAAGCACAAGUGGCGGGACCUGCGGCUCGACGUCAAGCGCAAGCUCUCGUCCAAGAAGGGCGGCCCCGGCGGCUCCGGCCCCCACAAGGCCCGCCUCACGCCGCUCGAGAAGAUGGUCGCCUCCACCUUCACCCAGGCCAGCAGCGAGGCCGAGCAGGAGGCUGGCUUCGACCCAGAUGCCUUCUUCCCCGGAGCCUCCAAGCAGUCGGUGAUGCCGCUCCAACCCAGCAUCUUCAUCAACACCAACGGGCAGCCCUCCUCGCUGCCCGACGCGGAGGGCGGCCCCGGCCCCCGCCCCGCCGGCCGCGGCCCGGACCCCUCGGGCCUCCGCGAGGUCGCUCCCGGGGAGGGGCGGAGCUCAGGAGAGCCGGGCCCCGAGCCGCCCACGUCCCCGCCCCUGCGCAACGGCACGGGGGGGCCCUACGGCUCCGCGGAGGAAGAGGAGACGGACGCGCGGCCCCUCCCCGCCCGGGCCCCGGGUCCCGGCCCGGACCCCCCCAAGGAGGAGGACGAGGACGAGGACGAGGAGGAGGAGGAGGAGCGGGAAGAGGAGGAGGACGAGGACGCGGACGAAGAGCGGCGCGGCCCCCUGGUCCUACGGCGCUGCGGCUCGCGGGCCUCCCUCCCCUCCACGCCCGAGGACGCCCCCGACUGGACCUCCGCCCCGGCCGCCGGCGCAGACCACCACCCCGGCCCCGGGCCGGAGCAGUGGGACCAGCUGUACCAGCAGGAGCUGGGCGUGUGGCAGGAGGAGCGGGCGCAGCAGCGGGAGGAGCGGGCCCGAGACCGCGAGCUGCAGGCCCGCCUCCUGGGCGUCCUCACGGACAUCCGCGACGAGCUGCGCUACCUGAGGCAGGAGCGCGCCUUCGCCCGCCACAGCCAGGAGCUCGGGCCCGUGGGGCUGCACGAGUGCAUCUGCGUGAGCCUGGGCUUGCAGGAGUACGUCCGGGAGAGCCCGUGGGAGUUGCCGGGACCAUGA